AAAUCAAACCUUAGUUAAUCAAACCCCAACUGAACAUUUGCGCAAUUGUAAAUUGCUGUUCAUUAAGUUGGGUGGCUGAGAGAACAGUUUUUCAGCAAACAUUCGUAUCUGCCCUGAGUUAUAGAUAAAUCGUGUUGUGCGUAAAAGACGCACAGCCAGAGGCGCGGUCCAACGAAACCUUGACAAUGAGUCGCACAUUUCGAUUUAUGCAGCUGGCGGAAUAAAAAGUACACGCAACAAAAACAGAGCCCACCCCCUCAUGAGAGCCUAUAAAAGCGGGAUGCCUCUGUGCUAUUCACGACCAACAGGAGAGACUUGGAAACUUGUACCUGAGAGGACGCCACUCCGCGUUGAGAUGAGACGGUUUACAAUGAAUAAUGUUUGCCAGUGUGGCUUAUUUACUUAUCUUGUCAUAUUUUCUUUCAUGUCUUUUACCGCCGCAGUGAGUUUUGACCUGACUGAACUUAGGAAUAAAGUAGCAAAAAUUAAAGUCAAUCCAAGAGGCAAUCUUUGGGCUACAGGACAUUUCAUGGGCAAGAAGAGCGUGAUGGAUACCCCUCUAUUGCCUUCAGCUGAGGGGCAGGGUGCUGAUGCGCUGGAAGUCACCCUAUCCAGGGAGCAGAGCGCUCUCGGGGAGCUCUUCCAAGAGUUCCUGCGGCUGGCGUUACAAGCGCAGGUGGAUCCACAAGAGAGCCGCUCGAAAAAUCCGGAGGCGGACUUGUUGAUGAGGAUUUUAGAAAGCUACAUCCAAAGCAGAAAGUGAUACACAGGAUGACAGUCUGGCACGCAUGAACACGGAUCCGAGGUCAUCUGGCCUCAUGGAUUAAAAUAAAUAAAUUAGACACAGCCUACUGUCUCCUGCUCAUCAUGAUUGUAAUUUACUGUAACUGUCAUAAUAGCUACUCAUGUACUAUUUGCAAUACACGUACAAGUUUUGUUCCCCAAUUUGUUUUAAUGAUGAUAUUUCACGUUGUCUUGUCGUUUAAAGUUAGCUAUUUAUAUUAAAUAAAAUCUUUAUUUGCAUUGCUGUGAUUCUGGCAGAUAAAUGACGGCAUAUGUAUAGAUCACAUUUUUAUCUUCAUCGGCACACAGAAUGGCUGUAUGGAAACACUGGUCACUUCAUUCACACCUCUGGGUUUCUUCUAUCAUUUUCCUAAAUCUCCGGAGAAAA